GCGCUGUGGGACGGGAAGAUGGCGGCGCCCUCGGCCCCGCGGCCGCCCCGGCCCCGCAAGGAGCCGCAGCCGCUCGUCAUCCCUCGCAACGCCGCUGAGGAGCAGCGCCUCCGCCUCGAGCGCCUCAUGAGGAACCCGGAAAAGACUGUACCGAUUCCUGAGAAGCUGAAUGAGUGGGCACCACGGCCUCCCCCGGAGUUUGUCAGAGAUGUGAUGGGUUCCAGUGCUGGGGCUGGCAGUGGGGAGUUUCACGUGUACCGACAUCUUCGUCGCCGAGAGUACCAGAGACAAGAUUUCAUGGAUGCCAUGGCUGAGAAGCAAAGACUAGAUGAGGAAUUCCAGAAGAAACUGGAGAGGAAUAAGAUGAUUGCAGAAGAGCAAACAGCAAAACGCAGAAGGAAGCGCCAGAAGCUAAAAGAGAAGAAACUGCAAGCUAAGAAAAAUAAACUCGAACAAAAGAAGCAGGAAAAAGAGUCUGAUCAGUCUCAAGAGCGAGUCAGCAGUGAGGAUGACGAAGAGGAUAGCAAGGAGGAGGAAGAGAAGGAAGAUGAUGCUGAAGAGCCAAGUUUUGUGAUGGGGAGAGGAUGAAGCCUCUGAGGGACAGCAGGAAACGAUGUUCAUGGCUUUCCAUGCAGAAGCAUGAAAGUCUUUCAUCUCAGCCGAGCAGAACCCAUUGGUGAACGUUAUAUCUGCUUAAUGGUGAAUGACCUUCACAUUGCAGGCCCGAGAGAUAUCGAUAGAGAAAUGCCAAAUAAGAGAUUUUGUUUUCUUAAUUGCUUGUAUAACUGCUGUGCAGUCUGCUCUGUUUGCUCUAACGAGUCAGCCAUAAGUCUCUGUGACCCUUAGAGUUCUUUCUGACAUGGCCCAGAGUGUUUUUCUGUCCGAAAGCUGAAACACAUCCAUUACCAUUUAAGGAAAAUAUUACUGUGAGGACUACAUAAUCUGCUGUUGUCAAAGCUGGUAGCAAUCAGAUAUCUGAAUCUAAGGGCAGAGUUUAAUGUGAAGUAGAAAAGUGGUCUGUAGCCAGGCUCUCAAGCACUGUGAGUGUUCUGAAUCUGGGGAUUUGUAUGGGGUCAUCUCUAACCCAAAGAAAUCAGUUUAUGUUGCUAGACAAGUUCUAUAGAUUUUUAAGCAGGAUCCCUUUUCUAUUGCUAAGACUUUCCCCAUUACUUUUCCUCCAUGUUUUUUAAAUGAAUAAAAGGGAUGUGUUGGCUUGUUCUGUCUUCUUUUAUUUGCAGAGGAUUUUGGUGAAAUGAAGAGGUGUUUGCAGUGCUGCAGGAAGGAACAGAAAGGCCAAAUGUUGUGGCACAUGCAAAUAUGGAAAAAGGUGUUAGCUGCAUUUCAUAUACUUUUUGCUUUUGGAUUUGAACAUUAUUAAGAUUUUCCUAAAGACUGUGUGUGUAAAACCUCCAAAUCUGUAAAGCAGAAAGGGUUGGAAUGGAAUGGCUUUGCUUGUGUUAAGCUUCAUGUAGUGACACCUGGCUUUCCCCCUGCUUGAGCUCUCUGCUUUGAACUCUGAGUUCUCUGGUAAGAAAAAUAAUAAUCUGUAUGUAUAUUUGUUGAUGCUGAAAUGAAAAGCAAAUGCAUUAAUGGUUUUAUUUGUAAAUAAGGUUCUUGUCUUUUCAGCGCAUCUUGAACUAGAAGUGCCUGCAUCCCACAGAGUCAGCAUCCACAGUGUGGCGAUGUUUCUUCUCAAGCUCUUGUUAAUGCCAGAUUACUUAAAGCAAAAAACAACGAAAAGGAGUCACUUGUUAGUUUUUAGUCCUUGAACAGUGCUGCCAGGAAUCCGGCAUUCUGUCUGAGCUGGCUUUAUGCAGUGGUUUCUCGGUAUUUCUGUGACAGUGGGGAAGCAGAUGUCACCAAGUGCCAUUUAGGAUUAGAUGCCCUGUGCCUCCCUGCUGCCCCAUGCCGAGCAUCCACAUGGAACUCUUGUGUUAAAUCUGGGUAGAGCCAUUUGCUUUGGGUAAGUUGUGACUGUUUCAUUCUGUAGUGCUUAAGAUACAGAAUGGAUGUCCCACAGUUGCUGGAGGUAUCCCAGUGUAAAGCCCUGAGUUAGGGGAAUUAUUUCACUCAAAUCCCC